AUUCAAGUCUUCUUCGGCUUACACUCUGAACUUUCCCAGCAACUACAAUCCCCCAUACAAGCCAAUAGCCAUGAUGAUGAUUACAACUAUUAAAACUCUUCACAACCUCACUUCCUAGUGUAUCACAUCAACCAUGAGGCUCAGGCUCACUUUGCUUUUCUUCUUAGUUCUUCUACACCUCUCCACACACCUUCAAUCUUACACUCCAGAGGAGCACUUCACCAUCAGCUGCGGUGUCACCGGCAACUCCUCCGACGGGGAUAGGACAUGGACAGGGGACAUAGACUCUAAAUUCUUACCCUUCCAACACGACACCGUUUCCGCCACAGCUACAACCCAGUCCUCUUCCACCAAACAAAUCCCAUACACCACCGCACGCUUGUCCCGUUCCCAAUUCACCUACUCCUUCCCUCUCACCGCAGGCCCCAAAUUCCUUCGCCUCUUCUUCUACCCAACCCUAUACCCUUCCUUCCCUCCCUCCCAAGCCUUUUUCACCGUUCAAUCCAACCAAUUCACCCUCCUCCACGACUUCAACGCUUCCCUCAACGCCGCCGCACAAAAAACCGACACAAUCGUACGAGAAUACAUCGUCAACGUCGACGACGCUCAGAGACUCAACCUCACCUUCAUCCCUUCGUCGUCGCAACCGAACACCUACGCUUUCGUGAACGGAAUCGAGGUCCUAUCCAUGCCCAACGACCUCUAUUACACGUCGGACCAAGGGUUCAAUCUCGUCGGAACGAACUCGGUCUACAGCGUGGAUGCCACUAAAGCGCUGGAGAUGGAUUACAGAAUCAAAGUGGGAGGCCAGGGAAUAUCGCCGCGAAACGACGUCGGUUUGUUGAGAGAUUGGGCGGGUCAGGACGACGCUUUUCUAAUGACCCCGAGUGCGCUAAGAAGCCUACCAGCUGACGUGAACCGCGUCAUGAACAUAACCGUGAAUCCUGAUUACGUGGCACCGGUGGAACUCUUCAGAACGGCGCGUGAGAUGGGCCUUAACGCCGCUCUUAACAAACGCCUCAACUUGACAUGGGAGUUCCCCGUUGAUUCUGGCUUCUACUACAUGCUCAGGCUCCAUUUUUGUGAAAUUGACCCCAAUGUCACUGAAAACAGUGACAGGGUUUUCUUCAUCUACAUAGCGGGCCAGGUAGCUGAAGAACGGGCCGAUGUCUUGAAAUGGGCCCAUACACAAAUAGGCCUCGCUGUGCACAAAGACUACGCCGUUUUCAUCCCUAACAACCCUUAUAAAAAGGUUAACCUCUCCCUCCAAAUGCAUCCCUAUUCGAGUGCUAGAGAUACCAAAUACAGCGACCCGUUCUUGAACGGUCUCGAAAUUUUUAAAAUCAGCGACCAGAACAACCUUGCCGGACCUAACCCGGACCCGGUUCAGGCUCCACCCAACCCGUCCGGUCAGAGUUCGAAUAAAAAAAGCAGCAGCACAACGACAAUUGUUGGACUCGUCGUCGGCGUGGUAGCCGGUGUCGUUUUGAUCUCCUUUGUCGUUUUCCUAUUUGUUCGGAAUAAGCCAAGGAAAGCCAAGACUUCUAAAUCUACCAAGUCCUCCGCGACAUCCAAGUGGGGUCCACUGUCGUUUGCGACGACCAAGUCAACCAACACGCAAAAGUCGUUGCCGUCGGAUCUCUGCCGCCACUUCUCCCUCCCCGAGAUCAAAACCGCCACCAACAACUUCGACGACGUGUUCAUCGUCGGCGUCGGGGGAUUCGGCCACGUGUACAAAGGCUACAUCGACGGCGGUUCCACCCCCGUCGCCAUCAAGCGCCUUAAGCCAGGUUCGCAGCAAGGUGCGCACGAGUUCAUGAACGAGAUCGAGAUGCUCUCGCAGCUUCGUCACCUUCACCUCGUUUCCCUCAUCGGUUACUGCAACGAAAGCAACGAGAUGAUCCUCGUCUACGACUUCAUGACUCGUGGAACUCUCCGCGACCAUCUCUACAACACCGAUAACCCCGCUCUCUCGUGGAAGCGGCGCUUGCAGCUCUGCAUCGGCGCGGCGCGGGGGCUGCAUUAUCUCCAUUCAGGCGCGAAGCACACGAUCAUCCACCGCGACGUGAAGACCACCAACAUUUUACUGGAUGAGAAGUGGGUGGCCAAGGUUUCAGACUUCGGGCUUUCAAGAAUUGGGCCCACGGGGAUGUCCAAGGCCCACGUGAGCACGGUCGUGAAAGGGAGCGUGGGGUAUUUGGACCCGGAGUACUACAAACGACAGCGUUUAACUGAAAAAUCUGACGUGUAUUCCUUCGGGGUUGUGUUGUUUGAGAUACUCUGCGCUCGGCCGCCUCUGAUCCGCACCGCGGAGAAGAAACAGGUGUCGCUGGCUGAUUGGGCCAGACACUGUUACCAAAAUGGGACGGUGGGUCAGAUUGUGGACCCCGCGUUGAAAGGUAGAAUCGCACCCGAGUGCCUGAAGAAGUUUUGCGAGAUUGGGGUUAGUUGUUUGUUGGACGAUGGGACCCAGAGGCCGUCGAUGAACGACGUCGUUUGGAUGCUGGAGUUCGCGUUGCAGUUGCAAGAGAGCGCGGAGCAGCGUGAGAAUGAGAAUGAGAAUGGUGUUGAAAUGGUUAACGACAGAAGAGAAGAUAGCGAGGAUAUGUUCAGUAGUGGAACGAGUGUGGGACAGGUUUCCGAUUUUAACCACAGUGUGACUACGACCACUAGCGGAGAACGUAGUUAUUCUGCUGAUGAUAAGAGUAGCGAUAGGUUAUUGUCUGGGUCUGGAACCGUCUUCUCCGAGAUUAUGGAGCCAAAGGCGCGUUGAGCAUUCCAAAUUUCCAACACCUCUAUUUCAUUUUCUUAAUGGCAAAGACUAAAGAGAAAUGGAUAUCUUACUAUGAGCUUGAAUUGAUCUGUGAUGGAAGAUCUCACGCACCUAGAGCCAGAAAACCCAAGUGGACAUGAGAAACAAUAGAGCCCGGUUCCACAAUCACCAUUAGACGAGCACCCAUCAUGAAGCUGAUCAAAGAUUCAAAAACAUCGAGAUAAAAACCAAAAACUCAAAAGCAUGAUUCAAAGAAGAGGUGAUAGGCAACACAAACCCUGCAGUUUCCACUAGAGCAAGCAGCAUCAACACAACAACACAAGGGAAGAAUAAUAACCAAAAGCAAGCACAGCAGAGAACCCA